AGAUAAGUAGUAGAAAUGUCUGGGUUUGAGGUCUGUCUUUGGAUUAAAAGAUUUGCACGCAAUUAGCUCUGUGCUGCCGCCCGCCCGCCACUGCUGCCGGCGUCGCCGUCGAUAGCGCGAAUGGAGGAUUCAUCAUUGCUUAGCAAGAUAAUGCUUAAUCUUCGUGCAACCUGUAGGUACUAUACUGGCUAUCCAAAAGAUCUUGGGCCGUCAAGGGUUAUUCCUUUUACAUCAGAGCGUGAGUUUGUGCAGCUCCUUCAUCAGGGCUACCCUGUGGUGGUUGCAUUUACUAUAAAGUGCAAUCUGACCAAGCGCCUCGACAGCGUAUUGGAGGAAGCUGCUGCUGAGUUUGAUCCACAUGUUAAGUUUAUGCGUGUUGAAUGUCCAAAGUAUCCUGGAUUCUGCAUUUCACGCCAGAAGCAGGAAUAUCCCUUUAUAGAAAUAUUUCACACCCCAGAACAGGCUUCUAAUUCAGGAAAGACUAUCGAUCCAAAUAUCACAAAGUACUCCGUUAAGGUUUUACCUUUCAACUAUGACAUUAGCGCUUAUGGAUUCCGAGAAUUUUUCAAGCGCCACAGGAUUCAGUCAUCCGAUCCAAAGUGAGCAUCAAGGGUACGGACAAUCCCAAGCUUGUGAUGCAGCUUUAGCUUCUCAGGGAUUGUCGCCUUCUCUAUCAACCAGUUUUUGGUUCUUUACAGUGUGACAAAAGAAUCGGAGAUGAAGAAGGGAUCUUAAGCAGAAUCGACCAAAAAAUCUGAAGAGAACAUCCCAACGAUCGAGUGGAUGUUUAGUUGGGGAAAAGUUGCAAUAAAUUAUCGAAGGUUUAUGGAAAAAUUUCCUUGCGAACAAAUAGCCGGGAUGUUUGUUUCCAUUCCACAAGCACGGACUUAUAGUGCUUGUUUCUUCAGCACGGAGAAAUAUUUUCAUCAUGUUACGAAUAAUCUUAUAUAAAAGAGCUCAACGUGGAUCUUAUAUAUUUUUUUUAAAAAUUUUGCAAUUUGUAAUUUCAAAAUUUUGAGUUUUUUUUUUUUUUUUUCUUUAACAAUUUUUUAUAUAAUAGUGGAGAUACACUUCUUAUAUAAAAUAAG